GCCGAGUAUCAUCGUUAGGGUUUUGCGAUCUUGACAGAAGCAAAGCAGGCGAGCGAGAAACAAUGAGUCGGAGCUUGGGCAUACCGGUGAAGCUACUACAUGAGGCGUCGGGCCACAUUGUAACGGUGGAACUCAAGAGUGGAGAGCUUUACAGAGGAAGCAUGGUCGAGUGCGAGGAUAAUUGGAAUUGCCAGCUUGAGAAUAUCACCUUCACUGCUAAAGAUGGAAAGGUUUCGCAGCUUGAGCAUGUUUUCAUCCGAGGCAGUAAAGUCAGGUUCAUGGUCAUACCAGAUAUGUUGAAGAAUGCUCCUAUGUUCAAACGUCUGGAUGCUAAAAUCAAGGGUAAGAGCUCAUCUCUUGGAGUUGGCAGAGGUAGAGCUGUUGCAGUGCGAGCCAAAGCUCAAGCUGCUGGCCGUGGCUCAAGAAGCAUUCAUUGUUGCAAGCUGCUUGGAAAAUUCCUUUUUAGUGUAACCAAAUUUGUACUCUUCAUAUUUGAUGUGAAAAAAAGAAAUUAUAUAUAGGUUAAGUUACUCUGC